CAAAAUGGCGGACGCCACAACAAAAGAAUCCCAGUUACUUUAACUAUGUUUUCCUGUUCAAAGCAGAGUUAAGAAACGAAAGAAAAAAGAUUAAUUUGCAGAAAGAUUUCCACUUAAAAUAUUUCAAGUUAAAUUCUUGGAUGAAACGUUGUUAUUCAAGAACUGCAUCGAGUUAUGGCUCAAGUCAUUGUGUUGUUUCGAUCACCCACUUCACCGCCAACAGAAGAUGAAUACCACAAGGAGUUGUCAAUGCAGGGAUUGGCACCAUUCUCAAUUCCUGUCCUUUCAUUCAAGUUUGACAAUCAAGAAGAACUCAGUCAAAAACUCCAGGAUCCAAAUAGAUAUGGAGUCAGGGACAAUCUAGGAUUGCAGUGUACAGGAGAUGGUGCAGGGAGUGCAGAAGCCCUUGUUCCUUUCAUUCUUCAGUCUUACACACCAGACAGUAAACCACUGUUGUUUCCUUGUGGUAAUUUAAGAAGAGAGGCAAUACCCACUGCAAUGGCUAAAGCAGGAAUAGGACUUGAUAGCAUUCACGUAUACUGUACAUGUGCAGAUCCCAAUGUUAAGCAUUUGUUGGAUGAGUUAAUGAAGAAGCAGGGUGUUCCAUCGUAUGCUGUAUUCUUCAGUCCAUCGGGAGUUAACUUCACACAAGAUAUUCUUUCUGGCAGUGAGGAAUGGGAUAAAGUGAAACUCGUUGCAAUUGGUAAAACAACUGCAGACACAAUGAAGAAUAAAGGUUGGAAAGUGUGUGCAGUUUCUGAACAACCCAAUGCCCACUGUCUGGCAAAAUGUGUGGUGCAAGCCUAUGAUGGAGACCAAUAACCGCUGCUUAAAUUAGUUCUGGGUAUCUGCAGUUUUCCCAAAGGUCUUCCUUUCAAACAGCUGAAAAUAACAACACAAUGAAACUUUGUUCCUUGGAUUUUAUUAAGCAAUUUUUCAAAUGUUUCAUAUAACAAGGCGUGGGAAAGGUUCCAUUCAAGAUCCCUGACCUGCAAAUCAAACCAGUUUGUAGAACUGAUGCAAGCUGAUUACUUCACCCUUGAAUGCCAAGAGAUAAUGAACAUGCAACCUCUUCUUACCAUUAAGUUUUAUCUCCACAACUAUCAGAAAAAAAAGGUAAAGGGAAUAACUUAACUAGUGGAUGAAAUCACUUACUGAUUUACAAGACUAUUUAAGACAGCUGAAGGAGAGAACUUAAACCACAGUACCUGGAUUUACAAAGUUAACAGGAUAAAGACAUUGAAAGCUAUGUACAGCAACAAGUUGCAAAUCAGCAACUAAAGGAUCUAGGGAGCAGCUUUUAUUUGGAGGUGCAAACUGUUUAACAUGCUUGGAUGGCCUAUGAGUCUUUGCUUGAAUGUUACUGUUUUUAUGUCAUUAGCUGAAAAAA